UGAAGUCAUGUAACCCGCUCUACAGGUUUUUUUUAGAUAUUUUACCGCAGUGUUUACAGCGGCAUUCCUUUGAAUAUUGCUGUCAAGCUAUAAUUCAUUUAUAAUUUAUUUAUAAUUUUAUCCUCGUUCGUGUCGUGUACUUGCAGACACCUUUUACCAUCAUGUGUGCGCGUUAACCAUUAUAGGUUCAAUAACUUUCUAAUACGCUAUAGCAUUUUAUUUUUGAUCCGCCGAUUAGUGAGUUUACGUUCUUGUUGCCAGAGUUCAGUCGUAAAAGUCUACGCCGAAGAGUCAGAGUUAUAAGUUGUUUUUUUUCGAGUAUCAAGAACCAAAAAGUAAGCUUCGGUUAAACAAUGGAUUUAGACGAGAUCCUAAAUGACUUUGGGUUGGGUACUUAUCAAGUGACCGUAUGUACCAUAAUCGGACUUGUUCUCAUGUACUCAAACAUAUCACCACUUAGCUACGCCAUUACAGCUAGUGAUCUUAAAUACAGGUGCGAAAUUCCGCAGUGUGACACCGACAAUCCAUCGUACAAUCAGGACUGGUUAAACCUGGCGAUACCUGUUAAUAACAGGACCAAUGAGCCUUACAAAUGUCUAAAGUACCACUAUAUACCACAGAAUACCAACAAGACGAACAUAUCUGCCAACAGUACAUGUAUGCAAGGAGCGUUCAAUGUGAAUCGCAAAGAAAAAUGCAACAAAUGGGUGUUUGAUGAAAUGGAAAGGACAAUAGUGAACGAUUUUGGUAUUAUGUGCGAGGAAAACAAAUGGAAACUCAGCAUGGUGGGAACCGUCAAUAGCGUUGGUCAAUUCGUCGGCAUUCCUUUAUCAGGAUAUAUUUCAGACAAAUAUGGACGCAAGUAUAUCUUUAUAACAGGGACAGUUUUAUCGGCCAUUUUUGGCACUAUCAAAUCCUUCGCUGCCAAUUACUAUUCAUUCCUCGUUUUCGAAUAUUUGGAUUCCAUGGCUUCCAGUGGAGUGUAUGCAGCUACGUUUGUAUUAGCUAUAGAAUUUGUCAGUCCAAAGUCGCGGGUUCUCGUCAGUACCGUUGUGGGCUGUUUUUAUCCUAUGGGUGCAGUUAUCAUGGGCUUCACGGCCUACGUGAUUCUUGAUUGGCGUAUAAUCGUUAGGAUACUCUACUUACCUGGAUUACUUGUAUUAGGAGCUGCUUGGUACGUGCCUGAGUCUUUACGAUGGCUUCAAACAGAAAACCGAGUUGCAGAAGUGGCGAAAGUUCUAUCCAAAGUCGCUGAAUCCAAUGGAAAAACAAUACCGGACUGCGUCAAAGAUGCACUGGUCGUCAAUAUUAAAGCUAAUGGCAAUGUAACUGACACAACCAAUAAAAACCAAAUGACUUGUAGAAAAUUAAUGAGAGAAAUAUUUGAUUCAAAAGAGCUUUUGCUGCGUAUAAUAAAUUGCUCGUUUUGUUGGUUUACGAUUACAUUAGUUUAUUACGGCCUUUCGUUAACUUCUGUGGAGUUCUCCGGUAACAAGUAUUUUAACUUUAUGCUUGUAAAUGCUGUGGAAUUACCGGCUAGUUUAACAUUGUGGUACGUCAUGGAAAAUUUUUCGAGACGAAAGACUCAAGCGUAUUCGUUCUUCUUCAGCGGAAUUGGAUGUAUUAUGGUCAAUUUAAUAUCUGAGAAUUAUACGUGGAUGAAACUAUUUUUGUUCUUGAGCAGCAAGUUCGCAAUCACCAUGUCGUUUAACGCCAUGUACGUGUACACCGCAGAAAUGUUCCCCACCGAACUGCGUAUGACACUUUUCGGUAUAACUAGCAUGUUUGGUCGAAUGGGUGUGAUGUUUGCUCCACAGAUGACGUUGUUGAGUGCCUAUUUCGGACAAUACGUGCCAAUCUUAUUGUUCGGAAUCUUAUCAAUUACGGCUGGAGCGUUGUCUUUCUUUUUCCCGGAGACAAAAGAUAGAAAAUUGCCCGAUACAGUAAAACAAGCUGAAUUUGAAGUAGAGAUCUAAGUGAAUUAAUAAUAAUUCAUAUAUGCAGUAAUAAUUAGUAGUAGUUUAAAAAUAAAUAUUUUCAUUUUAAUAAAUUAAAACAAAUAUUUCAUAAAUUCAAUGAAAAUACAUAAUGAUAAUAUCAGUU